CCAAGGCAUGUCCUCGAACCUCAACCUCUGAAGCUUUGUGCCUGGGAAGAAGAAGCCAGAGCUCAGAGGAGGAGGAGACCAGUCCGAAUCUUUGACUCUUCAUUGGCAAGCGUAAGGGAAGGAAUAUGGCAGCCUCUCUCCACCACCUCUGCCACUGCAAACCCCAAAUCCGGCCAAAUUUGCCUCCCGCAGUCGAAACCACCUUCACCAAUAACCACCACCUCAGUAUUCCUCACAAAUCAAGCUCCUCUUCUUUCGGUAAAGCUGGACUACAACUGCAAGCCGCUCCCCUGAGACGUGCCCACAUCUUGAACCACGUCCAUUGUUCCAUCUCCGAGCCAUCCAUGGCCCCCAAAGCCGAGCCGGAGGAUCCUCUCCGGGUUGGAAUUGUUGGGUUCGGAAACUUCGGUCAGUUCAUCGCCAAGGGGCUCAGGCGACAAGGGCACAACGUCUUGGCAACAUCCCGUUCCGAUUACUCCGAGUACUGUGAAGAACAUGGGAUCGAGUUUUUCAGAAACAUGGAUCAGUUAUGUGAACAGCAGCCAGAUGUGAUACUAAUUUGCAGUUCUAUUUUGUCGACCGAGACUGUGGUCCGAACUAUCCCAAUGCACAAGCUGAGGCCUGAUACCAUCUUCGCCGAUGUCUUAUCAGUCAAACAGUUCCCAAGAAAUCUGUUAUUGGAGGUGCUUCCACCGGAAUUCGGGAUUGUUUGUACACAUCCCAUGUUCGGACCGGAGAGUGGGAUGCAUGGGUGGGCAAAGCUGCCGUUCGUCUACGACAAGGUCCGGAUUGCCGGAAACACUCCACAGGAGCGGAAAUGCGAUCAGUUCCUAAGCAUCUUCGAGCAAGAGGGAUGCCGAAUGGUCGAAAUGUCCUGCGAAGAACACGAUCGCCAUGCCGCAGGCAGCCAAUUCAUCACCCACACCAUUGGAAGGAUCUUAUCACAUCUGAACUUGGAGUCUACACCCAUUAACACUAAGGGAUAUGAAACACUCUUACAACUGACCGAAAACACUGUGAGUGAUAGCUUCGAUCUCUACUACGGGCUCUUCAUGUACAACGUAAACGCCACUGAGCAGAUCGAGAAUCUUGACAGAGCAUUCGAGACAGUGAAGCAGAAGUUGUUUGGGAGACUCCAUGACAUACUGAGGAAGCAAAUCGUAGAGAGGGUGCCCUUACAAGGGGCCCAAUCAAAGCCAAGGGAACCCAACUCCACACCAUACUUCCUACCCAACAGUGAGAAGAUGAAGGACCUCUCCUCCUUUGCCGUGCCCCCUCCUCUUCCACAGGAAAGCAAAGAUAUAGCCGCUUUAAAGCCUAAUGAAUCUCGGGCUGCCGGUGUACGUAGAUAGCUUGGUACCGCACCAGAACACAUCGACAAGCGUCGGUUGUUCAUCAAUAGUCUGAAACAUCCUCAGCCAUCUGAAUUUUUUUUAUCAGUUUCAUCAUCGCCCAUGUAAUUUUUCCUUUUAUAUAUAUGUGUGUUAAUUGAGGUUGAUAAAAUCAUUUGAUUUCAAUUUUUUA